AUGGGCAGUUACCUGGGCAAGUCGGGACCCCCGCGGUCGUCCCCAGCAGAGAGGCGCACAGACUUGCCCGAGAGGUCGGUGAACCGCCGACCGACUCAGCCCCUUCACCAAGUUCACCGGGUUCAGCACGUCCAUCGCGCCCACCCUGCCCCACGACACAGACCUGCGAGGAGGCCGAUGAACUGGGAUCCUGACAAUCCCACCACGUGGGUGGUCAAUGAGGGUUGGAGGCGAUUUCCCAUGAAGAGGUCCCAGAAUUCCAUCACGGGACCUCUUCCCUCAGACUGGUGGGAAAGUUACUUCAAGCGGAGUAUCUGGUCUCUUCGGCACCCCAGGGCAAUAUGGAGCCCGGUGACCAUCAAGAUCGCUCCUCCUGAGCGGAGAGUGCCCCCCUCCACAUCCCCAGCAGAGAUAAUCAACUCUGAAGGGUCCUCACCCUCUGAGAGGACCCUAGACCCUUGUGCAAAGGAGACAGUGCUGAGGGUCCUCAGAGAGUGCAAGAAAGGGAGAGUGAGGUUGGAAGAACCCCUGUUCCCUGAGAGCUUGGACAGUAAGAGAAGGAGUCCAGAGACCAGACCAUCUGCAUUUAAGCUUCUGAGGAAAAAUGGAAUCCUCCCUUCUUUCGUGCCCAGGCCUGGGCCUCUGAAGAGAAACCUCAAAUCCUGGAGCUCAGAUCACAGCUUGAAAAAGAGGCCCAGUUGCUACUGCAUGAGCUCCUUGGCCAGCUCAUACACAGGUGGCCCUCUCAACUCCAAAAGAAAUGCUAUUACAAGUUCUUAUAGCUCUUCUAGAGAUUUCUCUGAGCCUUGGAAGAGAAGUGUUCCCAGUGUGUCACUCCAGAUACCAGAGUGGCCAGUAAAAAAGAAAGAAAAAAGUCAUCAGUCUCACUCUCCACUGAUACCACUGGUGUCAGACGAGUCCCCAGCAGCAUCUGGCAAUUCUGGGCAGCAAAAUCAGGAGAUUCCACUGCUUCUUUCUAGCCCUGGGAACCCUCUGUCCCUGCCUCCAUAUCCCCGGCUUGGUUAUGCAGUCCCUGAAGAGGACUUGGCCUUAGGGAAGAAAACUAGACUCCAGUGGAGCAGCAAAGCCAGAGAGGAUACAACUGAGGCCAACACAGAUUCUGUCCCUGAGACUCACUUUGCUAUUCAGCCUUCCCUGUCUCUCACCGUGCCUUCUGCAGGCACAGCUCCAACCCAGGGCAAAAAUCCUCGGUUAGAAAGCUUAAGGAAAAUGCAGAAGUCUCCAGGUCCACUGACCUUCCCACAAUCUACUAGAGAGGCAAUCAGUGUGGCCCAUUCACCUCUGAAGACACCCAGCCUGCUGGCCCCACUUGGGUGCUCACAGUCAGAGCCCCUUCCAGGCACGUCUUCAGAUUCAAAGCCCACAGCUAGUUUCAUCCUUCUGACCCCUGUUUCUCCCACAUCACCAGUCACUGGCACCACAUGGCCACAUUUGACGUCUCAGACUGAUAGGUCUGCCAUGCCCCCAGACCCACCUGCCAUUACCUCUGCAGCACCGACUAUGCAAAGUUCUUUGUUUGGAAUGAUGAGUAGCCCAGCUUCCCAUCCCGCAUCUGCAUCUCCUGCUGCAACUUCUGACCCCAUAUCAAAACCCAUUUUUGGGUUCCAACCCAACAGUGAGAUUGGGUUGGAAUAUAUUCCAGAAUUAUAUUCCAGAAUUUCAGUCACAGCUGCAGUAUCUUCAACUCCGGGUAUCUUAACUCCCGCCUUCAAGCCUAUCUUUGGCAGCACAGAACCACUUAAAACUAUGCCCAUGAUAGCUCCUUUCUCUUUCAAGCAGACCACCUCUCCAGCUACUCCUACUUCUACCCAUCUCUUCCAUGGCCUGGUCAAGGCUACCUCUGCAGUCAUGUCUACCACCCCAGCUAACACAUCCAAAGACUCUUCUUUCAAGCCACCUUUGGAUUUUGGUGUAGUGAAUGUUACCAGCACCAUGGGCAACACUUACUCCAUCCCCUCCACUUGCCACACUUUCCUUCUUGGGGCUGCCCUUGCCUUCGGAGCCAGCUUCUCCCCAGCCACAGGCUUCAUUUUCCCACCACACCAGCGUCCUACCAUUCCCACGGUACAUACAGUCACCAUCUUUAGCCAGGUUCUUCCCAGUGCUGUACAGAUAUCCUCUAGUAGAAGCACUGCCAAUUUUAGAGGUAUUGGCAGCUCUCUGUCAGCCUCAGCCUUGGUAACCACAAACCAGCCUGGGUUGUCAUCCAGUAUCUCCAAUCUGACCUCAACAUUUACAGUGCCCCUGGGGUCAAGCUCAAGGCCAGCUUUCCCACUAUCCCUGGGAGCCACUCCCCAGCUUGCAUAUGGGGCUGCAGAUGGGCAGAAGCAAGUGGCCCCUCAACCAGACCUUGGCCCAAGUUUCAGUAGCUCUUUCAUUUUUGGAAACUCAGCAACGGCAUCCCCAACCCGAACCCCAACCCCAGCUCAGCCUGCCUUCAGCAGUACGACACAGUCAGCCUUUGGGGGUUUGACACCCUCAGCCUCCACCUUUCACAUCCCUGCCAGCAUCUGGCCAGACAUUGGCAGCACUCCGGCAGGUUUUCGCUUUGGUCAAGCUAGUACGACUGGCUUUGGAGUUGUCACCCAGACCCACCAUAGUGCGGCUUGUGGCUCAGUGUUUGGCAGCACAGCCCCACGACCUUUUGCCUUUGGGGGAUUAGUGACCCCUAUGGAUUGUGGGGAUUCUGGGAUCAGUGUGACUGCCCUAGACAUGAGCUCCAACUCCGGAGCAUUCAAAGUUGGAGCAGUGCCAAGUGGGAACACUAGCACCAUCACACCCUUUGGAAAAGGCUGGAGCCAGAACAGCCAGGGCUUGACCAGCCAGAGCGCACCUUUUGUGUUAGGGAGGGCUAGCAUUUCUGCAAGAAAGAUUAUGUCUGGGGGCCCCUCCAUGGCCCCCUUUGCUCAGAGCACCCUUGUCCCUGGACCAGUUAAGACAGGCCUUGGCUUUGGGAUGCCCUCUCCACAUGCCCAGGGCUCUGUUGGACGAGGAUCUUUCAGAUCAUCAGCCCCUUCAUUUUCCAUUGGUACAAAAUCAAAAACCCCAAAGAAUCGGGAGCAAGGGCAUUCCCGAAGGCGUCGUACCCACAAGAAAUAG